AAAUAAUAUGACGAUGAAGAAAAUAAAAUACAAAAAAAAUGAAAUUUACAGAGUUGAACGACCGACCACUGCCGCUUCCCUCCUCUUUUUCCUCUUUCCUCAUUCAUUAGAUCCAUCUUUUCUGUAUUCCAUUUCCGAUCUGGGUUUGUUUGAAAUAAAAAUAUACGAUUUGAAAUCAGAUGGCCGCUCCGCCCGCCAGAGCACGAGCCGAUUAUGACUGCCUCAUCAAGCUUCUCUUGAUCGGUGAUAGCGGUGUGGGUAAGAGUUGCCUUCUAUUACGUUUUUCAGAUGGUUCUUUCACCACCAGUUUCAUCACUACGAUUGGGAUUGAUUUUAAGAUAAGAACUAUUGAGCUUGAUGGUAAAAGAAUCAAACUGCAAAUAUGGGAUACUGCUGGACAAGAGCGAUUUCGUACUAUUACAACUGCUUACUAUCGUGGAGCAAUGGGUAUAUUGCUGGUGUAUGAUGUUACUGAUGAGGCAUCUUUCAACAAUAUCAGGAAUUGGAUCAGAAACAUCGAACAACACGCCUCUGAUAACGUCAACAAGAUAUUGGUGGGAAACAAAGCUGAUAUGGAUGAAAGCAAAAGGGCUGUUCCUACCUCCAAGGGUCAAGCACUAGCUGAUGAAUAUGGAAUCAAAUUUUUUGAGACUAGUGCUAAGACAAACAUGAACGUAGAGGAGGUUUUCUUCUCAAUCGCCAGGGACAUAAAGCAAAGACUCGCGGACUCUGACUCAAAGGCUGAGCCUCAGACUAUAAAGAUAAACCAACCAGACCAUAACGGUGGGGCUGCUCAAGCUUCUCAAAAAUCAGCUUGCUGUGGUUAAGAUAGUGUGGGCAGUGAUCCCCUUAGUCGAUCAAUUUGUUAUGACAAUAUUGGUAUUGCUUGUAUUUGCUAUCCCUCAAUUUUUUCAGAUGCUAAUAUUAUUUUUUUCUUCUCA